CCGGGUGCAGUCAAAGCCAAAGGGAUAAUCCAAAGGGGAAGUCGGGUAGAUCGCGAUGGGUCCAAAGCUGAGUUAGUCAGUCCUACAGGAAAUGGUGGGACAAGGAGACGAAGGAACGGGAGGAGCGAUGAAGACAGGCCGGGGCGGUAGGACCGGGAAGGCAGGCACAGGCAGGGAAGCAGGAGCGUUGACACAAGCAGAGCAGGCGAGACGACAGGGCAAAACGGGGCAGGCAAGACAAGCGGGGAAGACAGGAGACAAAGAAGUGCUCGUGGUCUCACAUAAAGCUGUCGCAGAGAUGGAGCGCAGACUCUGGCAUUUGGUGGGCCUCGUCCUCGUAGGCGUUCUUCUCAGCACCCAGGCCUCCCGAGAGAAGGCCAGGAUUGUGACAGCAGAGGAAGGAAAGUCAAUUACUGUCAAAUGCUCGACGACCAAAAAUGCCAAGUCGAUGCAUUUGUACCAAAGGAUGGAGUCAGAGAAAAAAGUGCUCUAUUAUUACAGGAACCCUCCUAAAUGCACACCUGAAGAUGAGUAUGUAGAUAGAGUGAAGACAGAGGGAGAGAUGGUCAAUCUCUCAGUCACUAUUACUAACGUAACAGAUGAUGACUCUGGUCUCUACUGGUGCUCAUACAAUAUGAUUCAGGACCUAAAUCUGAAGAAGUUCAACAGCAACUAUACUCUGGUUGUAGUAAAUGCUGACCUGAAGCCGUGUCCACCUUACAAGCGUGUGUUUGCAGUUUCCCAUGUCUGUACGUGUGUCUGCCUUUCCCUGCACCCCUAUGACUAG